AUGGGUAAAAUAUCCACCACCGAAUUUCGAAAUUCGGUCUUUGCUGAUGAGUUUCUUCAAAAGUUUCGUAGUACAACAAUUGACAAUUAUAUUGCCGAAUUGAGUGAUAAUACAGGAUGGAUUACAUUUGAACAAUUCAAAAAGUUUAUGCAAGCCGAAACGCAUACAUACAAGAAUCCUCUCGUUAUUAUAGAACUCAAACAAGCAUUCAACGAGGUCGAUACUAAUAAGGAUGGUCUUAUAUCACCACAGGAAGCGCGUCAAGGUAUUACUUUAGCUGGUGAACGCAUACGUGGAUGUAGUUUUGGCCAUAUUAUCCAAAUGUUUGAUGAUAAUCACGACGGACAAAUGUCACUUGAAGAGUUUUUAAAUAAUGUUGCGAAAUUAGUUCACGAAUAA